AUGACAACAAAUGCUGCUACUGCUUUAACGUUACAUGGUGAACGGGUCAGUGGUGAUAGUGUGCGUAAACAAAAUGUUAUGGCCGCUGUUUCCAUUGCUAACAUCGUAAAAACUAGCCUGGGCCCUGUGGGUUUAGAUAAAAUGCUUGUAGAUGAUGUUGGUGAUGUUACCAUCACUAACGACGGAGCUACUAUCCUUAAGCUGCUUGAUGUUGAGCAGCCGGCUGCCAAAGUUCUUGUCCAGCUUGCUCAACUUCAAGAUGAUGAAGUUGGUGACGGUACGACAUCUGUUGUCGUUUUGGCCGCCGAGUUUCUUCGCAACGCUGAUGAGCUGAUCGCUCAAAAAAUUCAUCCAACUACCAUAAUGAGUGGAUAUCGCCUUGCUUGUCGGGAAGCCUGUAAAUAUAUCCAAAACAACAUGGUUUUGGAUUCCGAUGCUCUCGGCAAAUCCUGCCUUGUCAACGUUGCCAAGACCUCCAUGUCUAGCAAGCUAAUCACACUCGAUGCUGACUUCUUUGCGAAUAUGGCAGUCGAUGCAGUUUUAGCUAUAAAGGCUCCUGAUGGAAAAGGGGACUUUGUAUAUCCAACUAAAUCAAUCAACGUCCUUAAGGCUCAUGGUCGCUCAAUGAGAGAGAGUAUGCUUAUUAAUGGUUAUGCGCUUAACUGUACCGUUGCUUCCCAACAAAUGCCGCGUCAAAUCAAGAACGCUAAAAUUGCAUUCCUUGAUUUUAACCUGCAAAAAGUUAAACUGAAGUUGGGCGUUCAAGUUCUCGUAACAGAUCCCGAUAAGUUGGAAGAAAUUCGCAACCGGGAAGCAGAUAUUACAAAGGAACGUAUUCAAAAGAUUUUGACCGCUGGUGCCAAUGUCGUCUUGACGACUGGUGGAAUUGACGACCUGUGCAUGAAGUAUUUCGUUGAAGCUGGUGCGAUGGCUGUCCGAAGAUGCAAGAAGGUUGAUCUUAAACGUAUUGCUAAGGCAACUGGAGGACAGCUUAUCGUUACUAUGUCUAAUAUGGAAGGUGAAGAGACUUUCGAGCCCACUUUUCUCGGAGAAGCCGGAGAAGUUGUUCAGGAAAGGAUUUGUGAUGAUGAAUUGAUCCUCUUUCACGAACCCAAAGUCAGGUCUUCAGCUAGUAUUAUUCUUCGAGGUGCCAAUGAUUUCUAUGUUGAUGAAAUGGAACGUUCUCUGCACGAUUCUAUCCAAGUUAUUAAACGCGUAUUGGAGAGCAAAUCUGUUGUUCCUGGUGCUGGCGCAUGUGAAACUGCUGUCUCAAUAUUCUUGGAGAAUUUCGCUAUGACUAUGGGAUCUCGUGAACAAUUGGCUGUUGCUGAAUUUGCUCGAGCCAUGUUGGUUAUUCCCAAACAACUCGCCGUCAAUGCUGCUCUGGAUAGUACUGAUCUUAUUUCCCGUCUACGAUCUGUCCACAACACCAGUCAGGUAAAGACUGAAAAUGCCGACAUGAAAUUUUGGGGCCUUGAUUUGCAAAAGAAUUGUAUCGCAAACUGCAAGCAAUUGGGUAUUUUCGAGCCCUUAGUCUCCAAGAUCAAGAGCCUGAAGUUCGCUACUGAGGCGGCUAUUACAAUUUUGCGUAUUGAUGACCUCAUUAGAUUGAGAGAAGAUAAGCGUCCCGAAGAUGGCGACCAAUGCAUGUAA